AUGGCUGCGACUUCGGAAUCAUUUCAGACGACUGCCACUACUGCUACCACCACAGCACCUGCCACCGUUCCUAAGCAGAUUCCCAGCAAGGUCAAAGAAACUGCUGUCGGUUUUGUAAUUGGUGGUCUAGCUGCGUGUGGUGCUGUUACCUUCACGAAUCCUACCGAGGUUGUGAAGACCCGGUUACAACUGCAAGGUGAACUUGUCCGAGCAGGCCAGCUUUCGGCUGCGGCACGACCCUACCACAACACAUUCCAAGCCUUACAGGUUGUAUUCAAGCAUGAGGGCAUCCGAGGCUUACAACGUGGCUUGGGUGUUGCCUACAUAUACCAGAUUUGCUUGAAUGGUAGCCGGAUAGGUCUUUACGAGCCUGUACGAGACACUGUCGUCAAUGCCUUCGGCUUACGAUCCGAACAAAGCUUACUGGGUGCCGGUAUUUUCGCAGGUGCUGUCUCUGGUAUUGCCGGUGCCAUGUUGGGCUCGCCACUCUAUCUAAUCAAAACUCGACAGCAAUCGUUCUCCCCGGUGUUCAAACAGAUUGGCCAUCAGCACGAGAUACGAUCUGCAUGGACCGCACUUGCUCGUAUCUAUCAGACGGAAGGAUUGAAAGGUGUAUACCGUGGUGUGGAUGCUGCCAUGGCCCGCGCUGGCGUUGGGUCUGCAGUACAGAUGCCUACCUACAUGAUCGGCAAGAAUAUCCUCAUUAGCCGAUUCGGUUUGCCAGAUACCAUUGGCACGCAUUUGAGCACAUCCAUGUUUGCUGGCUUUUUGGUGGCUAUCGCUAUGAAUCCUUUCGAUGUGAUUUCUACUCGCAUGUAUAAUCAGGGUGUGGAUCCAGCAACAGGUCGUGGUCUACUGUACAAAAAUCCGUUGGAUUGCUUCUUCAAGAUGACUCGUACCGAGGGCGUCCGUGGAUUGUACAAGGGCUUCUUGGCCCAUUAUCUGCGCAUCGGGUAA